GUGUGGUUGAACUCCUUGUUUCAUUGCCAUCAUCUCUUUGCUUUGCUUGCUAUCUUGUUCAAACCCUUAAUAAACCAAAUAACAAUGUAUGAACAAGAGCAAGUCGAUUUUGAUACUUUUCUCGAAUCCAUUAGUAAAUAUCUUCUUGAUGAUCAUGAUCAUCCAGAUAAUUUCUUCCACGACCCAUCCGGUUUGAUGGUUUCCAAUAAUGAUAUGAGUAUUCCGGCCAUCUCUGAAGAGUCCUCGAUAAAUAUUGAUCAAGAAAUAUCAUCUUUCUUUGCAGCCAACUCUUGCUCCGGUGAGUCAUAUAGCCGGAGUUCCAGCUAUCUUAUGGAUGAUCCCAUCUGGCCAUUGCCAAAUUUGGAUGACUCAGAGAUCUCUAGCUUACUAGAUGGUUACAAUGACGAUAUUGUUGAAAUCCCAAAAAAUUCAGAUCCUAUUCUUGCCAUAACCAUUAACGAGUUGCCGGAUACUUCAGCAGACAUUCCGGCGACUUGCAACGAUCUUUCCGGUACCUGCUUAGGAUCAGCUAUAAGCAUGCCGUUGAAGUGGGAUUUCUCAACAGGAAACGUGGUAACGUUUGGCGAGGAGGUUUUUUCAAGUGGGGAGGAUCAGAAAUCCCCGUCAUAUGUGAAGGACUUUAAUUCUGAUGAAGUGAAGAAUUUUGAAGCUCCCCCAUUACAAUCACAGCCUGAGAGGAAGUAUAGAGGAGUGAGACGACGGCCAUGGGGGAAGUUCACAGCAGAGAUGAGGAAUCCGGAGAAGAAAGGGUCAAGAUUAUGGCUUGGGACGUAUGAGACGCCGGAGGAAGCAGCCAUGGCGUACGAUCGAGCAGCAUUUAAGCACCGUGGGUCUCAUGCUUUGCUGAAUUUCCCUCAUUUAACCGAAUCACACAAUGAAAAUCCACAAAGAUAUAUCACAAAAAAACGAUCAUCACCAUCACCAUCUUCAUCUUCAUCGGAUUCUUCAAAGAACAGCCAUCGGAAUAAAAGGAAAAGUUCCGUAUAGGAAGAGUAACUUGAAAACUGCAGAUAACAUGCAUUAAUUGCUUAUUUGUAUCGUAUAAACUAUAAAAUUGUCAAUUAUCGAAAAUAUAUGCAGAAGGUUUUGUAGACUAUAUAACACUAUUACUAAUAUAUCUCUCGUUUGUUUACCGUAGCUACACUAUCUAUAAUUCAUUUACUAUGAAAAUCAAUGAAUUUAAAUCUUAUUA